AUGGUAAUUUAUGCGGAUCUCCAUAUCUCCGCCGCCCAGAACCCAGUGUCAAGUGUCAGACAAUAUCGCCUUCACAACCCCACAGUGCAGGCUCAUCUCCUGACAAAGAAAGUCAUCAUGAUUGACCCUCGCCCCUACCACAUCCUGAGCUAUGGUACCCUCCUGGGUGUCCAAUUCUACCAGACAUUUGUCUCUGGCGUGGUGGCUUUCAAAGCCCUCCCUCGUCCGCAGUUCGCUUCAUUGCAAACAGCCACAUUUCCCAUCUACUUCUCAAUCCAAUCUGCAUUCCCUCUCCUGAUUGCACUGACUGUCAGCCGAGAUGCACAGCCUCUUGGAAUCUCCGGACUUCUCGCCCCAGAGAACCGGGUUGGAACUUUACUUCCCCUGGCGACCGCCGCGGUGUCGGGACUGCUCAAUAUGUUUGUGCUUCGUCCGAUGACCGUCAAUGUUAUGAGGGAGAGGAAGCACCAAGAAACCCGCGAUGGCAAGAGAAACUACGAUCCCGCUCCUCAUUCUAAGGAGAUGCUCGCCCUGAACAAGAAGUUUGGCCGUCUGCAUGGCAUUUCUAGCUUGGUUAACCUGAUCUGCUUGGGCGCCACUAUCUACUAUGGCGCAACUCUCAGCAAGCGACUGUUGUAG